AUGCAGGCAUGCUGCAUACACGCUCACAGCAAGACCUUCGUUCACCAGGUGGCCACGAAGGUUUACCUAGCUCCUGACACGCCGAUCUCACAGUGCUUGCCUUACAGCAUCAAGCAUCAGCACCUCUUCUCCGGCAACGUUCCUCAGCCGGCAGAUUGGCUGCGAGCGUGGCGGGCGUGCCGGACAGCAUCUUCUUUCAAAGGUGCCGUGAAAUUCUAUUCCACGGAAGACUUCGCUGCUGGCAGGAACACGAAGCUUGACAGUCUCAAGAACAUGAUUCUUGUUAUGCACUGGGCUGUCAAGAGUGUUCGCAAGCAGCGUCUCGAACAAGCCACCAGCAUCAGCUUGUCCGUGGACGACCGCAAGGAGUAUCGUUUGGUGAGGUACCGUUGCGAUGUUCCACCGCGCACUGCCAAGCAGUCAGCGGCUCCAGGCUCCCAAGGUCCCCAAGGCUCCCAAGGCUCCCAAGGCUCGGAGGAUGGCCCGCUUGUCGCCGAUGGCUUGCUUGGGGUCUACAAGACAGGUGCCAGUGUUCCUGAAAACACAUUGGAGGAGCACGAUGCGGACAAGAGUCAGGUGAUGGCAGACAGCAUAGGCAUAGUCAUUGACAGGGCCUGUCAGGAUCCGGAAGGCAAAACUGACGAGGAGUCCUGCAGCCGCUUGAAGCUGCACGUGCGGCACUUUGCAGCCGAUCAGUGCACAUCUGCCCGGAAGUGUGGAAGGUUGUUGGUCACUGGCGGCCAGUAUCCUAACCUGGUCUGGGUAAGCCAUGAUCCUGCGCACCAGGUUCGUAUUGCCUACCAGGACCCUCUUCACGCCAUGCCCGAGUUCCAAGACCAGUGGGAGCGUUUGUUUGCUCCCGGCAAGGGCAAGCAUGCGCUUAUCCCGGACAUCCAGAACUCAGAAGUCUGGAAGGCCAGGCUCAUGGCGGCCCAGCAAGAGGUUCUCAGGCUCCAUGGCUCCCAGGCUGGUGUGGAGAAGGUGAUCCGAGCGUUGUCGUUCUCCCAACCUCGGUUUGACUCGUCGGCCACACCAAUGCUGAAGUACUUGUGCAUGAUUCGUGCGAUGGCGGUCUUAUGUGCUAUGCAGGCUGCUGACGAGAGAAACACGGUCGAGAUUCGCUCCCGAGCAGAGCGCGCCUUGCAAAACAUGAAUGCAGCAGCCCUCAUGCGCUGUGGACUCACUUGCGACUACACAUCUGAGUGCCUGGGUUUCUUGCGCAGGAACUUUGACAUUGAGGAUCCAGAUGUAUCCUGCACCCCCAGAGUGCUGGAAGAGUUCACCAAGCGCCAGCGGUUCUUAUUUGUGGAUGGAUACAUCCUCUCCGACAGCUCGCAGGUUCCCAGUUCCGUGGACGGCUCCGAGGCUCCAGGCUCCCAGGCUCCCAGGAGGAUCUUCUAUGGCAACAGAGUCCACUACCUGUGCACGAAGGCCGGCAUUUCUGAUGUAAGGCAGAUCAUGGGAACUAUGGCGCACGUGGUCGAGGCGAUGCUGGAGCGUUUGCGAGUAGAUCUGACGGAGGAUGAGAUCGCCGUGGCUCUGCAGGUAUUCAACCUUCGGCUGUGGCAGGAGACGAACCGACAACAGGAGCUAGUGGACUCUACACGCAAGCUCUGUGAUAUGCUCAAGCUUUCGCACGGUACAGCCGUGCUGUUUGGACGAUUUGCUCGCAAAUUGCAUCCUCUUCUAGAAGCAGCUAAGUCAAAGGACCCAGGACAGCAAGAAACGUUAAAAUCGUUGAAAAUUCGCUUGAACGAAGAGAAGGGUCAGGAGAAGCAAGAAGCAGUGGUUGGGAGAAAGCCAACGCCACAGAUAUGA